UUGAUUAUGCCCCUCUCAUAACUUUUCCAUCUAGGGCUACCUCUUCUUCUUUGUUUGCUUUUAAAUACUACCAGUUUCCAUAUUUUUGUUUGUCUACCUAACACAAACAUCUACCAAUUAUCAAUUACUUCUAUCUACAACUAUAUUUUCUAUUAUUAUUGAACUGAAGUAAUGGUUAGGUCAAAAAUCCAGAUCCAAAAAAUAGAAAAUAUAGCAGCAAGACAAGUAACAUUUUCAAAGAGAAGAAAAGGGCUUUUAAAGAAAGCUCAAGAACUUUCAACUCUUUGUGAUGCUGAAAUUGGUCUCAUUAUUUUCUCUUCUUCUGGUAAACUCCAUGAUUUCUCCACCUCAAGCGUGACUCAAGUAAUUCAGAAGUAUGCAAGACACCAUCCAACUCUUUCUCAGCAGUCUGAUCCAUCCAUCUUUGAGCCUUUUCUGUUGGAGGAUAAUCGUGCUGUUUUGCGAAAAGAAUUUGGUGAGAAAAACCAAGAAUUAAGUCAAAUGAAAGGAGAAGAUCUAGAAGGAUUAAGUUUUGAAGAACUAAGUAAACUUGAGAAAAAGAUGGAGAAAGGUUUUGGUCGUGUUUGUCGAAUCAAGGAUGAUAAGCUUCACAAAGUGAUCACAGACCUCAAACGAAAGGAAAGCACAUUGGUGGAGAACAACAAAAAAUUGAAGAAGGGAAAUUUUAUCUAUCUUUUACAGAUAACUAAUGCCACAGAAGGCAAAGUACAUAAUGUGUGGAAGCAACAAUUGUCACAAUUUCCUGAUCAUAAUAAUUGUAUUCAAAAGAAUGUUUCUUUUGACACUGCGCUUACGUUGGGGUUGGUUUAAUCCUCUUGAAUUACCACUUAGUUGCAACUUUAACCUUUUUAAGGUGCAAUUUUAUGUAGAUGAGGUGAAGUGAAUACAAAUAAAACGUGUUAUCUUUCUGUAAACUUUAGGUAAAACUGCUUUAUUUUGUAACUAAUAAUAAGUACAGUGAUCUAUUGUGAAACUAGCAUGGUGUGAAAAU